GUCAGAGUAUUUAUAUCGUGGCCUCUUCCCAUGUCACCCUGGCAGAAGUAACCGUCUCCAACAAGCCCGUCUCUACCCUUCACAUUCGAAACAGUUCCUGUCAACAUGAAAGCCCCCUCCAUCAUCCUCUCCCUGCUCGCCACGAGUGCCCAAGCCUUCGUCUUCUCCCCCACUUGUGUCCGCACCUACCACAAGGCCAUCGACAAGUUCGACCAGUGGGCCCAAGACGCCGCGGCACACAUCUGCCAUCAGGGCUGCGUCUUCACAGCGGAAACCUACCGCGACACCUUCCGAACCAGCCACGUCCGCCCGACGGUGCAGAAGGGUCUCGAGCGGCAUCUCGCUCGCCUCCAAAUCUCCGAGGACGAAAUGGAGCGGAUGCUCCAAUUUGCCGACACGUACGUCGAGACGAUGCUAGAGGAGUGCCCUCCGCGGGGGACCGCGCAGCCCGAGCAGUUCGACAUCUGCAGGGAUCGUCAAACGUUCGACGGAUGCGCGGGCAAAAUGAAGGCACGCCUCCCGGGCAUGUGCUGGAAGUACAAGUCGCUCAUCCUGGCACACUCGGACAACGAGUCGUGCCGGGACAUUUCUGCUGCUUUGGAUGAACCGUUGUUCUGGCGUUUGAUUGAGGAGGAGAUGGAUGGGUAUGCUGCGGCUUGUCCGGUUCGGACGUAGCCAUGUGUUGCAGAUGAACGUGUUAUAUAUAUAGACUUUGUUCGGAGAGGAAGCCUGCUUUGGGAUGAUGGUGAAGGGCUGGUUUCAUUUGCUUGACGUGACAUUUCACAUUUAUCAUUGUAUCUAGUAAAUAUAAGUCUACAAUUUUGGUUUGGAGAA